AUGAGCGGUUAUAUGAAUGCCUUCGGUUACAUCUUCAUCGCCUGGGUACCCAUAUUUACCUUCCCAGCCAAUAAGCAGCCAUAUAUAAUUGCUGGUAACUACAUCACGGCCGGGUUCGGCGCUGCAGCUACUAUUCUUGUUCUGCUUAUGCGCCAUUUGCAUAACAAGGACCUCAAGCGGCAGAAACGGGAGGCUGUUACUCCGACCACCCUGAAAGAUGGUGAUUCGGUUGCCUGA